GAGCGGAAGCGAGGAGCGGCGGGCCGGAAGCCGGCGGUGUGGGCGGAGCUGGGGCCGGGGCAGGGGAGCCGUGGCGCUGAGCCACCCGGUACCCAUGACCAGUGCUCUCCUGGCUACAUGCACAGGAGAAGAUGAGGUUUUGCUAAGAACUACCGCAAUUCCAAGCUUCUGAGGGGUUGUUGCUGACUGUGAGUCAAAGAGCCCUUUGGUGACAGAAUGACAGUAUGGAUGUUGGGGAUAGUCCCCUUCUCCCAGACAGCAUCCUCUAUGAGAUUUUCCUGUAUCUGGACCACGUAGAUGUGCUCUCAGUGGGGUUGGUGUGUCGGCAAUGGCAUGCGGUGGCCCGGGAUGAAUUCCUGUGGAAGGAGCUGUUCUAUAGAUACUACAGGGUCUCUCGGGAAGUGCCACGGCACCCAGCUGCUGUUUCCUGGUACGAGGACUUCCAGAGGCUCUAUGAUACCAUCCCCUGUGUUGAAGUGCAGACCCUGAGGGAGCACAAUGACCAGGUCUUACACCUUAGCUUCUCCCACACUGGCUACCUGUUUGCAUCCUGCUCCAAGGACUGCACAGUUAAGAUCUGGAACAACGAGCUGGCCAUUUCCCUGCUCCACAGCUCCAACAUGAGGCUGUACAACUGGAGCUACACCCAGUUCUCCCAGUUCAACUCGGAUGACACCCUCCUCCUGGUGUCAGGGGUCUUUGUGGGGCCUCGCAACUGCACGUCAGGAGAGAUCGCCGUCAUUAGCCUGGAUAACUUCACGCUCCUCUCCAGGGUGAGGAACAAACCCUAUGAUGUGUUUGGCUGCUGGCUGAAUGAAACCAACUUGAUUUCUGGCAACCUGCACCGAAUUGGGCACAUCACCUCCUGCUCUGUGCUGUGGCUGAACAAUGCCUUCCAGGGCGUAGAGUCUGAGAAUGUGAAUGUAGUGAAGAGACUGUUCAAAAUCCAGAACUUGAACGCCAGCACCAUCCGGACAGUGAUGGUGGCAGACUGCAGCCGCUACGAUGCCCCGGACCUGCUCCUGGACUACAAGGAGCAGCUGGCGGCUGCUGCCGCUCCCUACCAGGUCUUUGAUCUUGGCAGUGACAGUGAGGAAGAGGAGGCGAAGCCCAAGCAGAAAGGGAUGCCAGAGCCAGUGGCACAGGCAUCGCCGGACGGUGGGAGCGGGACAGCAGAGGACGGGCUGCAGCAGUUCCUGGAUGACAUCCUCGAAGGCCGUGUGAUGCCCGUCAUGAGUGAGAGCGAGCUGGAGACGAAGGUGGCAGAGCUCCUUGCCAGGAACAGGACUAAACCGCCUGAGCUGAACCAGCUCCCCACAUCGGCCAGCAACAAGAAGAAAUACUUAAUCUUCAGCACAGGAUGCCUCACCUACUCUCCACACCAGAUAGGGAUUAAGCAGAUCUUGCCUCAUCAGAUGACGACUGCUGGACCAGUGCUUGGGGAGGAGAGACGUUCGGAUGAGUUCUUUGAUUCACUGGAUCAUGUCAUUGACAUCCACGGUCACAUUAUUGGAAUGGGCCUUUCUCCUGAUCACAGGUACCUAUAUGUGAACAGCCGGUCCUGGCCGCGGGACUGUGUGAUCUCUGAUCCCAUGCAGCCACCCCCCAUCGCAGAGGAGAUUGACCUGCAUGUGUUUGAUCUGAAGACCAUGAAGGAGGUGAAGCGAGCUCUCCGCUCGCACCGGGCCUACACCCCCAACGAUGAAUGCUUCUUCAUCUUCCUUGAUGUCAGCAGGGAUUUCGUAGCCAGUGGGGCAGAGGAUCAUCAUGGCUACAUCUGGGACCGGCACUACAACAUCUGCCUGGCCAAGCUGCAGCACGACGAUGUGGUCAACUCCGUGGCAUUCAGCCCCAUUGAGCAGGAACUGCUCCUGACAGCCAGUGAUGACACCACCAUCAAAGUGUGGCGCUCCCCCCGCACAGUGCGCAUCCACCACGCCAGGAAACCGAAGCCCCGCAAGCUGCUCUUCUCCUGGCUCCUGAACCAGCAGAGCUGAACCAAGGCACCUGCUCGUGCUGCUGCCUCACUCCAGCCACACCUCUAUUGUGCUUUGGACAGUGGGAGCGUCGAUGGAGAGGAGCUGUGGGCACAAGGCCCUGGGAGGACCCUACCCCAGGAGAGAACCUUGCACUCCCACCAAUGGCUCGCAUCUGGCAGAACGGUUACCGUCAGAGGGCCCCCACUGUCGCUGCAGCCUGGGAGCUGGGUCACUGCAGGGCAAACUCACAGGUGCUGCUAGUCGGUCACGCUACUUGCAGCCAAGCUUUGGUCACUGAUCAGCACAGACUGUGGCGGCUUAUUUUCUUCGUGAGCUGGGGGUGUAGCCUGAGAGCUGCUGGCUCAAAGGGAAGUGUCGCAGCACUGCUCUUGUCAUGACAGGGCUGUUUUAUCGCUGUCUGUCUAUCCCAUGCAGGAGGCGCUGACAGUGUUACUGGUCACCCUCCUCCCGUCUCCUGCAGCCAGGUCCUGAAUGCAGACUGGCGAGCGAGGAGACUUUCCAGAGAGGCUCUCGCUCAAAAAGUGCAAAGCAUUAAGGCACUGGUGCUGGCCUGGCAGCUCUAACAUUCUGCUGAUGGCAGCUAGCAACUUUCUGCCCUGCGUCUCCACCUCGGGCCUACCAGAGCCCUUUGGACUGCAGCCAGCUCAAGGCAAGCCUCUGUCGCUGCCUUCCAUUAGCUGUAAGCCUGUGCACCUCCACCACUGGCUUCCACAUGGGUACGUGGAGAGCUGGGGAGUCACACAGGAUGGGCCUUGGUGAGCUGCUAACUAACAUUAAGAUGCUCCAGUUGCGUUGCUAAUGUGGUGUUUUCCAGGCAAGCCACUGCAGUGGUGACCAUAAAGCUGAGGUUCCCCCUUCAAUGAGGGCAGCUUAUGGGCUAGAGUUGGCCAUGAGAAUCUGAGUCCAGCUGUCACAGCAUGAGCCACAAACUCUUGGUAUUUGCUCUGCAGGACAUAGCAGGCGGCUGCACCAUCCCAGCUGAUGUCUGAGUUGCUCACUAACUGCCACCUGGAUGAGAACUGUCAAGUGCUCUUUCACUGUGGGUGACUUCUCCCUGCGGUGCUACCGGCCUCCCCCAGCGCCUUUAAGUUCUCAUCUAACGAGUCAGUCUCUUCUGUACUCUGUCAUGCUGCACUCUUGGUCUCACUCCAGGCCCCUGGAGCUGGGUGUGAUGAGGCAGCCUGUGGAAGCCAAGACUGAUGAGGGGGCUUCUAAAGCCUACAGCAGGAGAUGAGAGGAAAAUGUCUCACUUCCAGUAGCUGGCCCUGGGUCAAAGCUGAUCCCUCUUUAAGAACUAGCCUUUGUCUUUGAAAGCAUUGGCCCUAGGAUUUUAACUUGGUGUCUGAACUAGGAUCUUAAAUUCACAGGCCUGGAUUUCUGAGGUGCUGGUAACUUGCAGCUCCCAGUGACUUCAAGCUGCAGGUGCUCAGCAGCUUUGGAAAAUAGCAGGCUGGAAUUUUUAGGCCCCUGAAUUUGGAAGCAGCGGCUCUAGUCUGUACAACAGGGGCGGCUGGGGAGGAAGAGGGUUGUAUACUUGUUAGUUGUCUGUACACGCUGCUCAGGCAGAGGCACAAGUCAAACUAAAUGGUGCUUCUGCUGCUUUCGGUCAGUCCUCUGGGCUGCAGCCUUCUGUGCUGCGUGGCCAUGCAGGGUUUGACUUCCUCUAUGGGGGCUGGCACGAUUCCUAGAGUUGCUACCCUGCCCCAGCAGCUCUGUCUGUUACUAGCAACAGCUUCCCCAGAGAGCAGGGAUGUUUUGUUGGCAAAUGGUUCGGAAGAGAUGGAUGCUUCCCGUGGAGCUGUUUGACCAUUAAAGAAACUAAAUUCACUCACCCUGAGUGGGGACUUUUUAAAUAGCUGUGAGCUCAUGUGAACCCUUUUCCUGCUCGCUGGCGCUGGGCUUAACGCACAGUGUCCCAGCGGGCUCCGGACUGCCUGGGCACGGCCAGGCCCUGAGCCCCAGCGGGCUCCGGACUCCAUGGGCACGGCCAGGCCCUGAGCCCCAGCGGGCUCCGGACUCCAUGGGCACGGCCAGGCCCUGAGCCCCAGCCGGCUCCGGACUCCAUGGGCACGGCCAGGCCCUGAGCCCCAGCGGGCUCCGGACUCCAUGGGCACGGCCAGGCCCUGAGGGCAGCAAGGAGCUUUCUCUUGUUCAAACAUUCUGCUACCCGGGGUUUGAGCUAGUAUCGUCAAAUGGCCUCAUCUCUCAGUGAGGUACAAGCCCAAAACAACCCCCUCUAGCCCAGAGGCAGUGCACUAGCUGGGUCUGUCCUUGGAAUCCACUGCUGAGUGGGGCAGUGCCUGGAAAAAAGAGACCCUCCUGACCCCCCCCCCCCCGGUGAGGGGCCUAGGCUCUAUCUGCCCAUUCAGGAGAGAGCUGAGACCCCCAAAAGCCAGCCCAGGAGGCAGGGACUGAACAGCUGCUGCUGGUCCUGCAGUCAGAUUUUCAAUGGGUCCUACUCACAUAGACAAGCCCCUGUCAUGCCAUUUGCCCUGGUCUGGGGAUUGCUGUGGGGCUUAGGCAGCACCUAGGCAGCUGGCUGCCUAGAGGAAGCCAACAGGGCCCAGGCCCCAAGCUAGCAACUUCAGGCACUGAGUGAUUUUUAGCCUCUACCGCUUUUUGUGGGAGUUUCAUAGAUUGCAGUGGAGCCCAAAGGCGGCUGUAGGUACCAUUUGUGGAGCUUGGUGCUAGGCUGGGGGGUGAUGUGUGAACAGCGGGAGGGGGGGGAGAGUCAGAGCUGUGUUCUUGCCCCAGCAUGGCCACAGCCCCAUGGUGGUGGUCGCUGCCUGUUUUCCCUUCUCUGAAAGGGGCAAUACAGGUACUUCACAUCGGCCACGAGUGUCUGCUGGGGCAGGCCCAGCAGCCGUGAGCCAGCCGCUGGGGCAUUUCAGGGGCGGGUCUUUAGUCAGGUGAGCCCCUUUCUUCCCAGUCCCAUAGGCACUUGUUGCAUCUUAUUUCAAAGGCAGUAAACUCAGCAGGGUAGGGCCUGUGUCUGAACAGUUCCCAGCACCUCCGGGACCCAGCAUGUGCGACCACAGUAAGGGGUGGGGGGAAGGAUUAUUUGUCCUGUUCUCUAGCAAAGUAAAUGGAACAAGG